UUCUUCAAAAGAUGCGAAAGAACAUGUGUGCUUUAGCCGUAGCUCGCCGGCCGUUCAACUGCACAAGCAAAAUCAGUUGCUCCGAAUCCUCUGAUGCAUGUUUACUUCUCCAAUCUUAAAUCCCAACUUCAUGCUCUUCACGUUCAAAUUUUUAUGCAGGGACAAUGAAUUGGAUUCUUAAUUUGCAUUGAGAAACCAAUCAUUUUGAAUUUUGGGUGAUAGCUCUUUUGGUAUGAUGUACACAAUUGAUUUUCAGAAGUUGUGCCAAAUUGAUAGAAGGAAAUGGAUUUUGGUGUUGUGUUUAGUGGCACUUACUCAUUUAUUUUGUCAGACCUUGAUGCUUCCUUAUGGCAAUGCCCUUCUCUCUCUGUUGCCUGAUAACACCGAAAUUAUACACCAGAAAGUUAGCUUCUCGUUUAAAGAAUCUUCGUUGAAGUCAGAUGAACCUGUUACGGUUGAUGGUUCAAGCUUUGCUAACUUGUCUCUGUUGCCUACUGGUGUGGAAAACACAUAUAGAGUUAAGACACGGGUUGCAGGACAAAUUGUUGAUGACGGGGAGAAGAGUAGUUCUAUUUUGAAUGAAAAAUCGCUAGAUAAUGAUUUUGAUUUUGUUGAAGAUGCAACCCUGGAUAAUGAAAAUCUGUUUGAGGAAAUGGAGGCAGACGAGGAGUUGAAGGUGCAGAGUGGUAUAAACCAAGAACAUGGUUCUGUAAGACCAAGUGAGGAUGAAACCAUCGAGAAUAGUAAUGAAUUAUCAACGGUCUCUACGUCAGAUGCUAAUAGAGGUAUGAUGCCUGACGGGAGUCAGCGAGUUGGAGUCGAUGCCUCGUUACCCGUUGUUGGUUCAACCCGUAGGGAUCCAUUGGUUUCUUCGAGAUCAAGCUUGAGCAACUUGGGUAUUUCUCCUCGUAACUUGUCUAAAUCUGGAGAACAAAAUCUUUCGCUUCCCAACAGUGGGAACAUUGUUUUGUUGCAACCUAACGUGUCUACUACAACAAGGAAUCGGGCUAGGAAGAAGAUGAGAUGUGAAAUGCCACCAAAGUCGGUAACGUCUUUCUCUCAAAUGGAACGCUUACUAGUCCGAAAUCGUGCUCGUUCACGUGCAGCGAGACCGAGGUGGUCAUCUGAACGUGAUAAGGACAUUCUAGCAGCUAAGUUGCAGAUCGAGAAUGCUCCCCUUCUGAAGACUGAUCAAGAACUUUAUGCUCCCGUCUUCCGAAAUAUAUCCAUGUUCAAAAGGAGCUAUGAGCUUAUGGAGAGCAUACUCAAGAUAUACGUCUACAAGGAAGGUGCGAAACCCAUCUUUCACCAACCAAUCCUAAAAGGACUGUAUGCAUCUGAGGGGUGGUUCAUGAAAUUGAUGGAGAGGAAUAGGAAAUAUGUUGUGAAAGAUCCUCGAAAGGCUCACUUGUUUUACAUGCCUUUUAGUUCACGGAUGCUGGAGUAUACUUUGUAUGUACGUAACUCCCACGAUCGGACCAAUCUCCGACAGUAUCUGAAGGAUUACUCGGAAAGGAUUGCUGCUAAAUACCGCUUCUGGAACAGAACUGGCGGGGCUGAUCAUUUUCUCGUAGCAUGCCAUGACUGGGCUCCUUACGAAACGCGACACCACAUGGAGCAUUGCAUCAAGGCUCUCUGCAAUGCCGACGUUACUGCAGGGUUCAAAAUAGGAAGGGAUGUGUCCCUGCCCGAAACAUACAUUCGCUCCCAGCGGAAUCCUCUGAGAGAUCUCGGUGGGAAACCGGCAUCGCAGAGGCGUAUUCUCGCUUUCUACGCUGGAAACAUGCACGGGUACUUACGACCCAUCCUGCUCGAGCAUUGGAAGGACAGGGACCCCGAUAUGAAGAUCUUCGGCCCAAUGCCACCCGGUGUUGCCAGCAAAAUGAGCUACAUUCAACACAUGAAGAGCAGCAAGUUCUGCAUCUGCCCGAAGGGCUAUGAAGUGAACAGCCCGAGGGUCGUCGAAGCCAUCUACUACGAAUGCGUGCCAGUCAUCGUAUCCGACAACUUUGUGCCGCCGUUUUUUGAUGUCCUGAACUGGGAUGCAUUCUCCAUAGUUGUUGCAGAGAAGGACAUACCGAACCUGAAAGAUAUACUCCUCUCUGUACCAGAAGAGAAGUAUCUCCAGAUGCAAGUUGCUGUGAGAAAGGUUCAGCAGCAUUUUCUUUGGCAUGUGAAGCCUCAAAAAUAUGAUCUUUUCCACAUGACCCUUCAUUCAAUUUGGUACAAUAGAGUCUUCCAAGUAAAAGCAAGGUGA